UAUAUGGGUUCUAUAGAGGCGUGGUGUGAGGAGGCUUGUGCUGCACCCUCAGUAUGACCCCUCCUCCCAGGACUAUGAUGUGGCCCUGCUACAGCUUGACUCCCCGCUGCUCAUCACUGAGCAUGCCUUGUCCGUCUGUCUGCCCUGCUCGGGACCGGAAGUCCCACAAUCCCAGGUCUGCAUGCUUUCAUCGUGGGAGAGUCAGACAGGUGGACCAUGGAACAGCACUGUUGAGCCGCUAGAGGUGCCACUUGUGAGUCAUGCUGACUGUGAGCGUUAUAACACUGGUAGACUGACCGCUAGAAUGCUGUGUGCUGGGCCGCCACAGCAUCGUGGACAGGACACGUGCACGGGUCCAGGUGAUUCUGGGGGAGCACUGGUGUGUCAGAGAAAGGACUCUGGUUACUUUGUCUUGGGAGUGAGCAGCCGAAAGGAAGGCUGUGGGAAGUUCCAGAGGCCAGGAGUCUACACCUCAGUCCCCAUGAUAACAGACUGGAUCCACGAACAACUCCACGAAGAUUCAGCUGACUCCUCUAGAACCCUGCCAUACCAGAAGCAGCAGGAGGAGCUGGCCUUCAGCAUAGAUCAUGAUGAUAAUAACUAUGGAGCGGAGUCAUCUGGAGAAUCCUAUUAGCCUUGACCCACCUAGCUUGAGGCUGGAGGACCAUGUGGUAUUCUUACGGAGUCAAGCUGCUUUUUGUGGCUUGCAUAUACCGCUCAGAAAUUAAGCAGACACAGCGGUUCUAACAGAGACAUGAUUUGAAAAAGGGAACAUCCAAUCAGCUCAAAUUCCAUGGAUUUUUGGGAAGGGCUAUGGAACAAUUGAAUUGUCAUACUGUCUGUCAUACUGUCUGUCAUACUGUCUGUCAUACUGUCUGUCAUACUGUCUGUCAUACUGUCUGUCUGUCUGUCUGUCGCACGCACGCACGCACGCAGUACACACACAAACACAAGCAGUUUUUCAAAUCACAUUAAUUAUGCUAAGAGAAACAGUUACACAAAUUAUGUUUUCCUUAGGAGGAAGAAGACAUGUCUUGUCCCAAAGAAUUUAUGCCACCCACGUAUUUCUAAAUAAAUACUUGACACAUACAGUUCCUUCCUGUUCCACCAGCGAUCAUUCCCAUACAGUAUGUUUAAUUGCGGACCUUAGACUACUUAUUAGGUUGAAUGGCAAAUUUGCCUUUAAAUUGGGAGAAAUUGGUUUCAAUAAGGUUUGAUGCAUUGUAUUACAUUGCCCUCUAUUGGUCAAACAAUGAUAAUGCCAUGAUGAAGCACAGCAUGGUACACACCUUACUAGAAUGACACACACACACACACACA